AUGUAUGUAACAUCAGAAAAUAGCAAUGCUAAACCAUUUGAGAACGCUUUAGAUGGCAGAGCUGAUACAUUUUGGGAAUCUAGAGGAACCUUAGGUGGAACAACAAGAGAAAUUUACAUUGGAUUUUAUAGGCCGUCAAGUAAACCAAACACUAACCUAACCUUCAGGCGAAUUCUUUAUCAACUAUUUAAUAGUGAUAUUGGAUGGUGGAAACAUAUUAAAAUUGUUGGAACCAAAUGUAGUGAAGAAUUUUCAAAUGUUUUGAAAGAAUUUACUAACGAAGAAAGAUUUACAUACCAAGCCGAUCUAGAUUUGGGUUCUGAGCAAUGCUACAAAUCGAUCAGAAUUGAAGUAACAAGUGCCAGUCAAAAUAAAGUUGCUGCCUCGAGAAUUGAAUUUUGGAGAGAAGAUUCUGUUCUCACUGAAGCCAGAAAACUGUUUACUGAUGGCACCUUGUCUGAAUUUUCAAAUGAAUAUAAAGAUCCUCAAAAGGUUCAGGAGUUUAUAACAAGUGUCAAUAAUCAUCCAUGUCCAUAUCUAUUCUCUGAAUACAUUUAUGCAAUAAAUGAAAUUCGUAAUGAUCCUGAAGGCGUCAAAAAGUCUGUUCAGACAAUUGAAUGCAGACCAACCCAUAAUGCAUAUUUCAACUUUGACCAUAAUACAAAUCAGCCAUCUGGCAAAUAUAUGUUAUCAGGAGAGAGAAUUUUGCAAAGAACUCAGAUGAUAGAACCAAUUUGA